GUUCGCAAAACAGCGCGUGAAAAUGCUUUUCUACUCGUUCUUCAAGUCCUUGGUGGGUAAAGAUGUGGUGGUGGAGUUAAAAAAUGACUUGAGCAUAUGUGGAACCCUACAUUCAGUAGAUCAGUAUCUGAACAUCAAACUUACAGAUAUCAGCGUCACCGACCCUGAAAAGUAUCCUCACAUGUUGUCAGUGAAGAACUGCUUCAUCCGGGGAUCAGUGGUGCGGUACGUUCAGCUCCCGGCCGAUGAGGUGGACACACAGCUACUACAGGAUGCAGCACGCAAAGAAGCCAUGCAACAGAAACAAUGAUUCAUCUGGUUUUGUUCUUUAGCAUUUUUGGUGUACUUCAAGUUUGUAAAAAAUAUAACGGCAUUGGUUUACCUUUUUCUUUUAAGCUCAAAUUUUGUAUAGAGUUGUUGUUGAUGAUGAUGAUGAUGAUGAUGAUGAUAAUGAUGAUUUAAGGAAUACUAUGUGUUUUUCAGUGCAUGUUAACUUGAGACAAUGAGGUUUCACACUUCAGGCUUAAAUGUUUUUUGAAAUACACAUGGGGUUUGCCUGGGUCUUGACUGUUGCAGAAUUGCCUUGACCUAGGUGUAGAUGUUUCUUUGUUUAAAUACAUUUUAUUAUAUUUAGCUUGUUUAUUUUUUUAAUGAUUUUUUUUUUAUUUACUGAAUCAGAAAACAAGAAGAACCCCAAAAUGAUUAGUCAUAUUCAGACACAGGAAAGUGUCCCGCUUCUGUUUUGUUGAAAUGAAAUUAAAACUCAUACAAUGUGG